AUGGUUUGGUUAAGCCGAGUAUUUUGUUAUUAUAUUCCAAAUAAGAGUAAAAUACUCCAUCAAAGUGGAUUUAUUGAUACGUUACGUGUUUAUCUAAAAAGUGGGGCUGGAGGUCAAGGAUUACCCCGCUUGGGAGGAAUUGGAGGAAAUGGAGGCGAUAUUUAUUUUCAGGCAAAUGAGAAGCUAACCCUCAAAAAUAUGAAACAAAAAAAUCCAUCAAAAAGAUACUUUAGUGAAACUGGAAAGGAUAGCUCAAAAAGACUCAUUAUUGGAAAGAAUGGUGGUCCACUGGAAAUCCAAGUUCCUGUUGGAGUUACUAUUGAAACAGACAGUGGACGAGUUUUAGGUGAGCUGAACACACCUAAUGAGAAGAUUUUAAUGAUCCGUGGUGGCUUAGGGGGCCAUAUUGAUAACAGAUUUCUUGGUCAAAAGGGUAAAGCAAACCAUGUGAAACUUGUUUUGAAACUCAUUGCUGACAUUGGCCUUGUUGGUUUUCCAAAUGCUGGUAAAUCAACACUUCUAAGAGCCCUUUCAUUUGCAAAACCCCGUGUGGCCCCUUUACCUUUUACCACCAUUCAUCCUGAGAUAGGAAUGAUGGAGUAUCCUGAUAAAAGACAAAUUAAAGUUGCUGACUUACCUGGCUUAAUUGAAGGUUCUCACAUGAAUUUAGGAAUGGGACACAAGUUUUUGAGACAUGUUGAGAGAACCAAGCUUUUGCUAUUUGUUGUAGAUGUCCAUGGUUUUCAGCUUGGUCUGGAGAAAAGCAAACGAACAGCUUUUGAAACACUUAUUCUGUUAAACAAAGAAUUGGAACUUUACCAACCAGAACUUCUAAGUAAACCUGCCAUUUUGGUACUGAAUAAAGUAGAAAGCAAGAAAGAUCAAGAAACAGCAGAAUAUAUCUUGGAGAAGGUUAGGAAGCUUCCAGAUAGUGUAAAAGAAGUUGAGGAGUACAUGUUAUCAAAUGAGUAUGUCCAGUUUGAACACAUGAUGACCAUCUCAGCCAAAAAGAAGAUUAACACUUCAAAACUGAAGGACAAGUUACGAGAAUAUUUGGACUAUUAUUCUGAACAACGUCGACUGUUAGAAAUGGAAGACACGAUGGCUAGCAGAGAUGAUAGAACUUUGAACUUCUGA